UGCGUUGCUGUUGCUGUAGCUUUUAGACUCAGUGUCAGUCAUCAUGAAGGAAAGCAGGCGAUUGUAGCCCAGCGAAGAGGACAAAAACGCUGCACCCUGCCGCCUCCCGCCUUCCGUUUCGCCUCCUUAUUAUCCCAAAUCGGUGACCACUCAACUACACCAGCACCGGAGACACCCGAGGGGUGACAGCGGCCGAGAUGAAGCAUUUCCUGAGAGUUGUGACCCAGUUCUUUGUGUUCCUCUACUGCAAGUGUCUUUGGCGGGGCCUAAAGUUUGUUGUCAGGAAGUUUACGGGACGCUGCGAGCUACAACGAAUCUGCUACAACAACAAACAUGGAGCCCGCAGGACCCUCAAGAUAGAGUCAUCUCUGAGGUACUCCAAGAAUGAGCUGCUGCAGUCUGCCCUCAGCGUCCAUCCUGAUAAAGUAGAGAAAACCAUCGAUGACAUCAUGGCCUUGAAGAAAAUUAACCCUGACACCAACCCACAGCUCGGCAUCUCUCUGCAGGCCAGCCUGCUGCAGAUUGUGGGCUACAGGAGCCUGGUGGCAGAGGUGGAGAAGCUACGCAGGGAGCCUUAUGACUGCGAAAAUCCUGAGCAUGAGGAAAUGCUGAUGAAGCUAUGGAAAGAGCUGCGCCCUGACACACCUCUCACGGGUCGCAUAUCCAAACAGUGGUGUGAGAUUGGUUUCCAGGGCAGCGAUCCAAAGACUGAUUUCAGGGGCAUGGGACUGCUGGGCCUGCACAACCUGCUGUAUUUUGCUGAACACGACAAGGCUACCGCCCUGCAGAUGCUCCAUGAUUCCCUCCAACCAAAGCACAACGAGGUAAACAAGCCUGAAUGGGAACAGAAGAACCUUGACAAAGCGAUUGGGUAUUCCUUUGCCAUUGUGGGCAUUAACAUCACAGAUUUGGCCUACUCUCUGUUGGUGAGUGGAGCUCUGAAGACCCAUCUGUACAACGUGGCUCCAGAGAUGCCCAGUCUGCUGCACUUCCAGCAGACCUUCUGUUACCUGAUGCAGGAGUUCCACCGCUUCUGGAUUGAGGAGGAUCCCAGCGACAUCAUGGAGUUCAACCGAGUCCGCUCCAAGUUCCACCGACGGAUCCUGCGACAGCUGAAGAACCCAGACAUGGCUCUGUGUCCCCACUUCUCCGCCUCCGAUCUCCACCUUGUCAACCUCUAAACACCCCCUUGGUCCCAUGUCUCCCCAAUCAUCACCCUCACUGAGCCCUUCAUACCCCCACAGAGGUCUCCCUUCUUCAUACCCCCACAGAGGUCUCCCUUCUUCAUAAACCCCACAGAGGUCUCCCUUCUUCAUAAACCCCACAGAGGUCUCCCUUAGAUGUCUGGUAGGCCAUCAAUAAAUCAGAAACAGCCUCACAGUCACAGAGAUGGUUCCUCAAACUGCUGGACACAUCUGGGAAAGCUCUGUUCCAUGUCUGCUCAGCCCAACACGUCCCAGCUAACGUCAUGUCGCAUCACUGCCAACAGCUUAACUCAACCACACACACACACCUACAUACACACAAACAGAAUAUAACCUUAGACAGGAUCUUAGUAAUUUAAAAUUGGGACUUUUCCCUCAGACUUCCCACAUUGUAAACAGAUGUUUGACCCCAAAAAAUAAAUUUAAAAAAGAAGUGCACACACAUACACACUGCCUAUCUGCCCUCACUGCAGCGUUAGACCACCAGCAUCAGAGAUGACCAUAGCGAUUGUAGCUGUGCAUGAGGAGGCUGGCACCACACCAUCACUACACUCAUUGUUGUUGCUUUAAGGACUCAUAACGAUUGUAUCACAGCCGUUACACCUCAGUUAUGAACCCUUUUUGUUUAAUUUAAUAACAAACCAAAUUUACUUUAUCAGCCAAAAACAGCUAUUAGAUAGAUUGCGAUGUAUUGAUCAGCAGUUUGGAAUAUUUUGACGGUUAGUGCACUGACUAUCAGAGACGAAGACAUAUAGAUAUAUGAAAAGGUGUGAUUUAUGGGGCAGGGGGGUGUUUUUGAUCCUUUUUGGGAGGGGAUGAAUUCCAACUAAGUUCAGGAGCUGCUGAAUUUACAAAAAAAUCCUCUGAACCUCUAUUUAAAUUUCAAUUUGCAUCUCAGUCUCAUGUUUUUGUCUGUGGAGACAGAUGCAAUCAAACAUAAUAUAAAAGUUUAUUCCAGUUUUAUAUGUCAUUUGGCCACACUUAAAUAUUUUAUAUCCAGUUAAAUUGGAGCGGGACUCCCACAAGAUCUUCUGUCACAGUGGUGCUGUGUCUAUUUCUGACUGUUUUGAAGUUGCAUUCAUAAAAUUACUUAGCAGUGUAGAUAAAUUCUGCCCCAAUUGGGACUAAAAAUAAUUCAGCAGAUAUGAGAAUAUGUAGACCAGAGGAGAAAAAUCCCCCUCAUCAAAUCAAAGUUUAAGAGAACUUUUGCUGGUGCUGUUUCAGUCAAACCAUAAAGGGCCACUUCACCUCUAAACUCUGUUUUACGAACUGCCACAGAUGGUGUCUAAUGACAUCAAUACCUAAGAUUUCUCCUUGCCAAAAUAUCAAAUGUGGAGCAGCAGUUUUGCUUAAAUUUCAUUUUUGCAAACCUGCUAAAUUAUGUUUUUAAAUAUUUUAUGAACCUUACUCGAUGUGUGGCAUUUGGCAGCCCUGCUCCCAGCUUGGAUAGUAGAAAUCUAAAUAUGUAUGUUGUGAACAUUUUCUACAGGUUUGCAAAAGCUUUUUGCCUUUGAUUUGACUCCAUGCAGAGAUUCUGUUAUGAAUGUUUCUCACAUCCACGAUUGUUUGAUUCUUUUUGUAUUCACUGAAUGUGACACUGUGUCCACUGUUGUAUCAGCCAAAGCAAUAAUUUACACUCAUUUCACUGCACAUUUCUUUAAAAUGUGUUUAUUUGCACCAUGCGUGCCUGAGUAUUUUGUUUAACUUUCUGACUCAGAGCUGGAAUGCUAAUCAGUUUACACAAGCCACAUGCAGAGCUGAAUAGAGGUGAAAUGUCACCACAUUAACUUUGAAACAUUAGUAUAAUUAGUGUAGACAAAGGGUUCCUCAGCUAUGGCAGCGAUUGUGCUGCGUUUAACAAUGCUGGAAUUUGGCAAGACAUUAAAAUGCAGAGUUGCUCCAUAGGGAGUUUAUUAAGUGACUGCUGCUAAAACAGAGGAGAGCUGACAGUGAAAGUUUAAAAUGCAACACGAUGGAGGUGUUGACCUGCCAGUCAAUACACCACCUGCAGAGCUCUCACUGUCACACUGACAAAAAUGUUUUUCUUUUCUUUGUGCUACCAUCAGCAUCUGACUGAUGGAGCUACCAUCAGCCUCCUAGUGAGAGCAAUAUGAUGCUGAUGGUGCAGAUUUUUCAUAUUUUUGUUUAAAGUUAACCCCUAUUUUUAUUUAAAAAACAUGUUUAAGAUGUGCAAGAAUAACCUGAACAAGAAAACUAUGAGAAAUACACUCACUGGCUACUUCAUUAGGUACACAGUUCAACUCAUUGCUAAUGCAAAUGUUAAAUCAACCACAUGGAAGCAGCUCGGUGUAAUUAGGAAUAUAGACAUGGUCAAGAUGACCUGCUCAAAAUUACUAAUUGAAUUGGAAAAAGAAGACUGACAAUUAUAUCUGACGACUGUGAAUUUCUGCUGCAACAUUCAGAUGGUAGGGUCAGUUGAGCAUUGUUUAGCCACCAAGCAGCCUAGCUGAAUAUGGUUGAUAACUGUGCGCAUACCUUUAUGAUCGUAGUCCACCUAUCUUCUAAUGGCUGCUUCCAUUAGGUUAACGUGUCAUGUUGCAAAGCUCAAAUCAUCUGAAACUGGUUUCUUGAGCAUCAAAACGAGUUCACUCCACAUAAAUGUUGACUCCAGAGUCACCAGAGCUCAAUCCAGUAGAGCCACUUUGGGAUGUGGUGGUACUAGCCAGGUGUUACUGGUAUGAGGUGGCCAGUGAGUGGAUCACAAAUUAGCAUUCAGGAAAAAUGCAGUUAUAUAUUUGGGUUACAUUCUCAAUGAGAACCCUAAUUAACAUUUUUAAUUGACUGUUAUUUUAUUACUGAUGUGAGAACAGAUAACAGGUAACAUAACUUAGAAAAUGAUUCCUGUGUAAAACACGGAGUGGGAUUUGUCCUUGAAAAUCCAAAGCAUGACCUUUAUGCUAGCUCCAGAGUGCCUUCCCUUACCACCUCUCGUUCACUCCCAAAGACAAGAACUAAUCAAUGCUAACUUAAAUAGAGUCCACUAAUCCCGUACACAACAUUAAGCCUGAAGACACCCAGGUUAAUCUAGUAAAGUCCUGCUAGCCAAAAGAAGACAUGGCCGAUGUUAGGGCAAACCUAGGGUCAGCAUCAGCAGGGCAUUUAAUUGAUACUGGGAUCUUUAUUUUAAAUUUGAUGGCCCUGAACUCUCGUUCUUCAAUUCUUGCUCUGUAAUUCUUCAUUACGAUUUCUUUUUUAUUAAACUGUUUUCUAAUUCAAAAAUAGGGAAAAAUACACGAUCUAAACAACAUGAACAAAACUUUUUACAGGAAAUAUUUUCCCCUCUUGAUAAUUAGCAUGUGGACCCAGGACCACUGCAGCUGUCUUACUUGUCACACAGCUGUUACCUUAGGUCCUUUUAUAGAGACAGACUUGGGUAAUAUUCAGUUCAUUGUCUCUGGAGCAGCAUUUUGAUUUUUGUAUCUCAGCUCUGAGCCACACUCUCACUUUUUCACCAAAUGGUUAAAGCCCACGUCUUUCCUGGAACACAUAACCACUGUAUUUAACAUGCUAUGACAAAUGUACUCAUCACAUUACUGAAAGAAAUACAACACAAGCAUUAAUUUUACAUCCAUGCUUGCACUGUUGAUUGUGUUGAACAGUACUGAAUACCUUUGUUCCUUUUGAAGUGAAUGUCAAAGCUUUUUGUCAGUAUUACGCAGCUGAUUUCUUUAGUGAAUGUCAGCGCCGAUUUUAUCUCCUGCUUGCAUUUGCUUUGCUUUACUGUGGUCAGCUUUGCACUACUGUAAAAAUAUAAAUGCAGUUUCCUUUAUGUUAAUAAAUCAGUAAUUUGUGGUGUGAGGGCCGACGUGUCCAACGAUACUGUAGAUGAAGUUAGAUACAUGCUGCUGUAUAUUCUGCUUUGAAACUGCCUAAGAGACCUCGAUCUGCAUGAUACGUUCACGGUCGCUGCUUUGACAUUGUGUAUUCUUCAGUAAAGUACUUGAAUAUUGUAGCGUGCUUCAUUUGUUUGUGCUGUACUUUUUGAGAUCACAAUAAAGAUCAAAGGAGAGUUAAA